AUGGGCAUUGAUGCUGGUUUUGACAUGGUUCCCCAACUGUCACGGACAGACACUGACUACAAGGCUUGGAAUCUUCUUAUUAACAUGGUCAAAGAGCGAUAUAAGACCGAUAAAAGAAUGGAAAUCAAUUCAAACUAUAUAUUCUUUAAUGCGGGCGAAGGACCGAUACUUCCUUUUGAAGGUUUCAAGUUCAUGCGGUUCAGCUCUAAAGUCUCUGGUAGUACCGCUACCACCACAGGAGUAUGGGACAUCAUCCGAGCUGUCACCCAGAUCGCAAAGUCAAUCUUUGGUUCACGAGUCCGUUAUUGGUCUGAAGCAUUCGAUCACUACGGCUAUUACAAGUGGGACGAAGUCCAUGCUUCAAUUAAAUCCUACGAUAAGGUCGACGGAUGGGCCGCGCCUGAGACGAGUGCGAGUCCUUCUGCUAAUUUGGCCUCUUCUGAACAAAUCAGAUCAUCCUUAUGUGAGGUUCAGUCGAUACCAGGCAGAGGAAAAGGCCUCAUAGCCCUACGAAAGAUCACCAUGGGCACGCGUGUUCUCAUCGAGAAACCGAUCCUUCAAACGCGCAAUGCACCACCAGCCUCCCUCGAGCCUAUCAUAGCAAGAGAUUUAAAGUCCCUUCCGAAGGCAAAACAGCGUCAAUUUCUAUCAUUGCACAAUAACUUUCCUGGAAAGUAUCCCUUCAGUGGCAUCAUGAGAACCAACGCGUUACCUUGCGGGAGUGGAGCGACCGUCGGUGCCGUAUACCCUACCAUCUGCUUCAUCAAUCAUAGUUGUCGUGCAAAUGCUCACAAUAGCUGGAACGAAGCUCUUGAGCAGGAAACGAUUCAUGCCAUUCGAGAUAUUAAACCUGGAGAAGAAAUUACAAUAUCCUACGAUCAUGGAGGUCCAUCUUCACAUCGAAAGCCGUGGUUGAAAGAGAAGUUCGGCUUCUGCUGCGACUGCGUCGUCUGCCGUCUUCCGCGCGUUGAACUUGAGAAGUCUGACAAACGGCGGAAGCAAAUCCAACAACUAGAUCAGGAUAUCGGUGAUCCAGUCCGCAUGAUGAGCAGCCCCAGUGCUAGUCUUUUGGAUUGCCGUUCCCUACUCCAGGUUUUGAAGGAAGAGUUUGAAGAAGACACCAGUAUUUUGGGAGCCCGAGCCAAUUAUGACGCAUUUCAGAUUGCCAUUGUGCACGGAGACUGGGCACGAGGAGCAGUAUUUGCGGACCGAGCAUAUCAAAUUAGACUUAUCUGCGAAGGGGAGGAUAGUGUGGACACAAAAAGGAUGCAGCGAUUCGCAGAAGAUCCAAAGAUUCACUCAAGCUUUGGGGUUCAUUCCAUGCGCUGGAAAACGAAGAAGGGACAGGUCCCUCGAGAAUUGAUGGGGGAUGAGUUUGAGAAUUGGUUAUGGCAACAAAGGUAG